UAUCCAUCCCUCUUUACUUCAUUUCAGAGCUAUUUUCUUACAAUCUUCGUAGCAUAUAUUGGUAUAUCCAGAGACAAGAGAGACACUGAAAUAAAACUUUAACGAUGGCUUCCUUAAAAUACGUCGUCGUAUUUUCUUUACUAAUGGUGAUGUUAGCGUAUCAUUAUGCUGGAUCUGCGAGUGUUCCAGUAAAUAGAGUAUCAGUACACAGAUUUGUUGCCCCAAAAGGAAGAGGUGCAUUAAACAUUGAAGAAUCAGAACAAAAGGAAAAAUAUGACGGACAAAAUGGACAAAACGAAGAAGGAAAUACCGAAGAAGGAUCAGAAGAUGAAACUGCACCAGUGACAGCAGACAAUCGUAUUAGAGAAUCACCAAUAUUGAAAGAUAUAUUUCCAUCAUGGAUAUUUCAUCAUCCAGGACAUUCAAAUUCAGAAAAUUCAGAAUCAGAUGAAGAUGCAGAAUUAGACAAUCCAGGACAAGGAGAUGAUGCGAAUGAAGGAGAGAAUGAAGAAGGAGAGAAUGAAGAAGGAGAGAAUGAAGAAGGAGAGAAUGAAGAAGGAGAGAAUGAAGAAGGUGAGAAUGAACCAGAUGAAGAUGAAGGAAAUGAGGAAAAGUAAAAAGAGUUAGGCAGGUAAACGUACAGGACCAAGUACACAAUAUGUAGAAGAAAAGAACACACUCGCCUUUUCGAAUGACAACUAAAAAACUGAAUAACUCUUCGAUGAAAAGCUUAUUCUAAUUUUGACUAUACAACGAACUAAGAAAACAUUACUUUUUGUUUUUAAUCUAUAAUUUCUUUAAUAAAAUCCUAUAAAUGUUAAAAUAAGCACUAAUCUUUCAGCACUAUAAGAUAUGAUAAUUUCUAUGCACUUAUCAUUAGAUAAUUUUUUGAGAACAUUAAUAAUAAAAUAACGGAC